AUGGGCGAGCCCAAGACCGACAAUGAAUGCAAGUUUGUCGUCUCACAAGGUGGCGGCGACACGGCGUUGGCCCUCUUCUCCGACCCCAGCCAGCCCUACGAGCCAUUGAGCACCCAGGAAGCGAAGAAGCUGGACCGGAAGAUCGACUGGGUCAUCCUGCCCUAUAUCAGCGUCGCCUAUGCGUUCUUCUACAUCGACAAGACCACGCUCUCGUAUGCUGCCAUCUUCGGCAUCCAGGAGGACCUGAACCUGCACGGCACGCAGUACAGCUGGCUCUCGUCCGUCUUCUACUUUGGCUUCCUGGUCUGGGCCAUCCCGACCAAUCUGGCGUUGCAGCGGUUCCCGGUCGCAAGGUAUCUGGGCGCGAAUAUCUUUGCCUGGGGCGCCCUGUUGAUGGCGCAGGCGGCGGCGAGGAAUUUCAUCCAGUUGGCGGUCCUGCGGGCGCUGAGUGGUGCGGCCGAGGCGUGCGCCGAUCCGGCGUUCCUUCUCGUCACGAGUAUGUGGUAUACGCGCAAGGAACAACCGUUGAAGAUCGGGCUGUGGUAUACGGCGAAUGGGUUUGGGGUGGCGCUGGGAGGGCUGUUGGGGUAUGGGAUUGGGCAGAUCAAGGGGGCGUUGCCGAGUUGGAAGUAUGAGUUCCUGAUCAUCGGGGCGCUGUGCUGCGUCUGGGGGAUUGUCAUCUACGUCUUUCUGCCUGACUCCCCGGUCUCGGCGAAGGGGUUCUCGCUGUCGGAAAAGAGGACGGUUGUCGAACGGCUGCGAGAGGACCAGACGGGUGUGGAGAAUAAGAAUUUCAAGGGUUACCAGGUCCUGGAGGCGUUCAUGGACUAUAAGCUCUACCUGCAGUUCUUGAUCUCGCUGAUGCAGAGCCUGGUGAACGGUGGGAUUUCGAACUUCGGCACAAUCAUCAUCAAGGGGUUUGGCUUUUCGACGUUGGGCACAACGCUCAUGCAGAUCCCGUACGGAGCCAUCAUCGCCAUCUCCAUUCUCCUGUGUAUCUACCUCAACAGGAUUCUACCCCCGAACAACCGAUGCCUACUGCUCAUCGCCUUUCUCAUGCCCAAUGUGGCCGGGGCAUUUGGUCUGCGCUAUGUUCCACAAGACAAUCGGGCCGGCCGACUGAUCUGCUACUACUUGACUGCGCCCAUCAAUGCGUCCUUCGUCCUUCUCCUGUCCCUGCAGACAGCCAACACGGCCGGACACACGAAGAAAGUCAUCAACAGCGCCUGUCUGUUCUUGGGAUACUGCGUGGGAAACAUCGCCGGUCCCUUCUUCUACAAGUCCGAGCAAUCUCCGACCUACAUCCUGGGGAUCUGGAGCAUGAUUGUCUCUCACCUCCUGGAGAUCGUAGUUGUAUUCGUGCUGCGGUUCCUCCUGGCGAGAGAGAACAAGAAACGAGACAAGCUGCAGGGACUAGACGGCGCCAACGGCCUGGAGCGAGAGGUUCACGAGCAAGACGUGGACGCGUCGGCGUUCGGCGAUUUGACAGACCGGGAGAACCUGAACUUUAGAUACAUUUACUGA